AUGCCACCAUUUGUCCUCCUAUUGGACAGAGGCACUGGCACCAUUGCAGAGAGGUGCGUGCGGCAAACUGCGCGCAUCAGCAGGGUUGUAACAGCAUUUGCUGCUGCAAUGACGCGACGAAGCGACAAAAGCCGCAGUCCAUCGGCAAACACCAUCCAAGAAGAGAAGGUGGACACUGCCCAUUCUCUCCAAGCACGUACCUUACGCAACCUCCUCAAGCAACGCAAGCGGAGACGACUGCGUAAACGUAUACGCAUUCUUUUGAACCUUGUGGUGUGCCAAAUGCUACCCCUCUUAAUGCUCAUUCUAGGAGUCGUCUUCUGUUUCGUCGGUGCUUUGGGACAUCUUCACCUCCUCCUCUCCUCCGGCUGUGUCCUCCUCAUCUGCUCAGUUGGACUUAUUCUGCAGAGCUGUUUUUGGAGCCGCUCUCAGCCCAACAAGUUCACCAUGAACGAAAUUCUUAGAGUGGUGGCCAUGGAGGAGUCCCAAAGUGAUCAGAAAAUAAAUGAGGCUGACGGUGAAGUGGGUAAAAAAGAGGCGAAAGAGGAAGGGGAAGGGAGGGAGGAAAAUACUACCGAGUCACCUCGGCAGCCGUCACGGAAGUCUGUCGGACUUCUCGAGGUUAGACGACUCAGUCUGGCUAUGACCCGUGUUGCCAGCGAACUCAGACAUGCAGCCAAUCAAAAUGCAGUUGCUAUGGCACCUGCUGGUCUUGCUCAAGGAUUUUCUUUGGGUGGACAUCCGACCACCAUAGGCCCUAUGGGCUACGGGAGGGGCGCCAUCAAUUGGUACGGCAACUUUUCUGGUUCGGAGCUCACCCAUAUACGACGUCUUUCACAAUGGCAAAAUUUUACAUAG